ACAGCUGACGCUCCACGCUGCAGCAGGCGGUGUGAUUUGCGGCAGGUUAGACUUUAAUGAAAAGCAAUGGAAGACAAAGCACAGAUUCAAGAGGCCAUUAAAAUCCAAGGGGAAGUAGUUCGGAAGCUAAAAUCCGAGAAGGCGAGCAAAGAGCAGUGCUAGGGUUGCUUACCACUUUUCUCCUGUUCUUCCUGCCUGACCCUGGAUGACCUCUUCUUGCUGGAUCCUUGAUCUCGACCACCGUCCUCACCUCCUGCCGGGGAUCUGACCCUGCUGGACGGCGCUGCGCUACUCACUUACUGGUUCUCCAUUUGGGAUCGAUGUUACCAUGAUGCAUUCCUGAACUUUGCCUUGUCUAUUUCCUGGACCUUGUUUUUUCUUUUUUUGGAUGACCUUGGAUGACCAUGCUGGCUCUGUCCUGUGUCCGUGGCUGCUCUGGUCUGGUGGCGUUCCGGACUGCAUGGCAUCUUCAACACCUGCAUUUUGUCUCUGGCAUCACUGUGGCUCAGAUCGAUGAAGAAGUAUCCAAACUGCUGGAGCUGAAGGCUCGUUUGGGAGGAGAUGAUGGCAAACAUCAGUUUGUGCUCAAAACACCAAAGGGAACAAGGGACUACAACCCAAAGCAGAUGGCAAUCAGAGAGAAAGUCUUCAACACCAUCACUCGCUGCUUUAAACGCCACGGAGCUGAGACCAUCGACACACCUGUGUUUGAACUAAAGGAAACGUUGACAGGGAAGUAUGGAGAAGAUUCCAAGCUCAUCUAUGACCUGAAAGACCAGGGAGGAGAGCUGCUGUCUCUAAGAUACGACCUCACUGUGCCCUUUGCGCGCUACCUGGCCAUGAACAAGAUCACCAACAUCAAGCGCUACCACAUCGCUAAGGUGUAUCGCCGUGACAACCCCGCCAUGACCCGAGGCCGCUACAGAGAGUUUUAUCAGUGUGAUUUCGACAUAGCCGGUCAAUACGACGCCAUGAUACCAGAUGCAGAGUGUCUGAAGAUCGUCCAUGAAAUUCUUAGUGAGCUGGAGCUCGGAGAUUUCCGCAUUAAGGUCAACGACAGGCGCAUCCUGGAUGGGAUGUUUGCGGUUUGUGGAGUUCCAGAUGACAAGUUCCGCACCAUCUGUUCAACUGUGGAUAAGCUGGAUAAGAUGCCCUGGGAGGAUGUGAAGAAGGAGAUGGUGAACGAAAAGGGCUUGUCUGAGGAGGCUGCAGACCAGAUAGGGGAGUACGUCAGCCUGCAAGGGGGAAUGGACCUGGCAGAGCGCCUCCUACUGGACCCCAGGAUGUCCCAGAGUAAGCAGGCCUGUACUGGCCUGUCAGACAUUAAGCUUCUGUUCAGCUACCUGCAGCUCUUCCAGGUCACAGACAGGGUAGUGUUUGAUCUCAGUUUGGCCCGUGGGCUGGAUUAUUAUACCGGAGUCAUUUAUGAGGCGGUGCUGACUCAGGCUGGCGUGGCCCCAGUGUCCAGCGAUGCCCCGAACGGGGCAGAGGAAAGCGUCAGCGUGGGGAGUGUGGCCGGAGGGGGCCGAUACGAUGGCCUGGUGGGCAUGUUUGACCCCAAGGGCAGGAAGGUGCCGUGUGUGGGAGUCAGCAUCGGCAUCGAAAGGAUCUUCUCCAUCAUGGAGCAGAAGGCUGAGGCAUCAGCAGAGAAGGUCCGUACUACAGAGGUUCAGGUCCUGGUGGCGUCUGCUCAGAAGAACCUGCUAGAGGAGAGACUCAGGCUUGUCACUGAACUCUGGAAUGCUGGCAUUAAGGCUGAGGUGAUGUACAAGAAGAACCCCAAACUGCUGAGUCAGCUUCAGCUCUGUGAGGAGACAGGGAUCCCCCUGGUUGCCAUACUGGGAGAACAGGAGCUGAAGGAUGGAGUGGUCAAAUUGCGAGUGGUGGCCACCAGAGAGGAGGUUGAUAUAUCCCGAUCUGAUCUCAUUGGUGAGAUCAAGAGAAGAACCUCUGAGGCAUGAUGGAUAUGAGUGCAGGCCUGCCAUGUUCCUGCAGCCUGCUGUGACCUGGUCAGGUGGAGCUGUCAGGGAAUGGCUUUCAGGUCACAGUGGAGCUAACAUCACAGUGUGUGGCUGCAGGAUAUGUCCAGACAUUUACUCACUUUAAAUAUGUUUAUUGUUCAGCUGUGGUGAACACAUCCUAAUAAACCAGUCCUGUCUGAAACA